GGCGACAAUCAACCGCCAUUUCUCCAUAAUUACGAUUGCUGCACAAACACCACCCCAUUGAUUCCAACAAUUUGAAAUACGCAGCCGACCACAUUCAUUGCACAGCACUAUACUCGUCGUUUGCCAACACUGCACGCUCAAAACAGCUGAUGCUCAAAUUCUGAUACGUGCGUGUUUCAGAGUGCGAAUUACAUAAAUUUGGUACGAUUGACGUGAGUUCGCUAAGCAUUUAUCACAUAGCGAGUGUCCGGCUGAAAAUCAUCGUAGCAGCAGCACCUGUCACCAUGUACAAAUUGGCCGCCUUAGCGCGCGAGCGCGCCUGCUUCAUUACGUAUCAGUUAGCGAGUUAUAACCUGCAACAACAGCCGCAACGUUUAUAUAGCUCACCCGGACGUCGGCCCGGCUUUUUUUCACAAUUCAUUGACAAUGUGAGGAGUGAAAUGGAUAAGAACAAGGAGAUGAAAGAUAGCAUAAAAAAGUUUCGCGAAGAGGCACAAAAACUUGAGCAAUCGGAUGCUUUAAAGUCGGCGCGGCAGAAGUUCAACAUCGUUGAAUCGGAAGCGCAAAAGUCGUCUAACAUAUUGAAGGAGCAGUUGGGGGCCAUCAAGGAAAAAGUGGGUGAUGUUAUUGACGAUGCCUCCAAAUCGGACCUGGCCAAAAAGGUAUCUGAGGAGCUUUCCAAAACGGCAAAGGGCGUUAGUGAUACCAUAACGGACACUAGCGGUAAACUUGGCCAGUCUGGAGCUUUCCAAGCUAUCUCUGAUACAACGAAACUAAUUAAAAAAGAAAUGAAUGAAACGAGUAUAGAAAAUCGCGUAUAUUGCUCGCCGGUUAGGCUGCGAAAGCGUGUGCAAGUGGAUUUGUCCGAUAGCACGCGUGUUGUGGAGGCGAAUACCGAGGCAUUAGGAUUGGAGCUCCAUAAAGACUCCAAAUUCUACCAGUCUUGGGAGAAUUUUAAAAAUAACAACACUUAUGUGAACAAAGUUCUCGACUGGAAAGUGAAGUACGAUGAAUCGGAAAAUCCUGUGAUUAGAGCUUCCCGUUUGCUGACCGACAAGGUGUCCGAUGUAAUGGGCGGUCUAUUUUCUAAAACAGAGCUGUCCGAAACGAUGACUGAACUGGUCAAAAUCGAUCCCAACUUUGAUCAGAAGGAGUUUUUAUAUGACUGCGAAAAGGACAUUAUACCGAAUGUCUUAGAGGCCAUUGUGCGAGGCGAUCUGGAAAUCCUAAAGGACUGGUGCUUUGAAAGUACCUACAACAUAAUUGCCACGCCCAUAAUGCAAGCGAAAAAGUCUGGCCUGUAUCUGGACUCCAAGAUCCUGGACAUUGAGAACAUCGAGCUCGCCAUGGGAAAAGUCAUGGAGCAGGGGCCAGUGCUAAUAAUCACGUUCCAGGCGCAGCAGAUCAUGUGCGUACGCGACCAGAAGGCUCAAGUUGUCGAAGGCAAUCCCGACAAGGUGAUGCGCGUUCAUUACGUGUGGGUGCUUUGCCGCGAUCGCAACGAACUCAAUCCCAAGGCUGCCUGGCGGCUGAUGGAGCUAUCAGCCAAUAGCCAGGAGCAAUUUGUUUAAACGUGCUGCACACAAUUUACCUCUAAGCAGUUUAAGUUUCUCAUCAAUCCCAGACACUACACACCAACGACAGACACAUCUACAAACCCGUAGCAGUUGGUUUUAAAUGUGUGCAAAAGUUUCGCUCUUAUAUUACUUCGAUGGUUUUGUCAGCUGCUAGUCGCGUGCGUUUGUUAAGCGAGCCGGAGCUGCUGGUCAGUUUCCUAUUUUAUCUGUGAUGCAGUAGAUUACUGGCUCGACUGUGCAUCUAGCGCGUGGCUCUGGCGGACCACGGUCAUCGUCGGCUACGCUUCACCCUGACCGCCCAUUCAUGGCGUUAUAUAUGUUGUAUAUUUUAACCUAUCUUGUAAGCUGUAUAUGAACCUGUGAGCUUGGGUGCUCAGAGUGCGGCGUGGCCGGCGGCGCUCGGAGGCCGCAAGUGUUUGGCCCAAAUUUAAAUGAAGCUAAAAGUGCAAGCAAUUAGUAAUUCUUAAGUUAAAUUGUUGAGUAUAGGAGAUUUGUUACGUAUUUUAAGGCCAGUUUAAGCACCCGUUUGGCUUAGGCAUAAAUUCACUGUACCGAAUAGCUGAAACUAAAAAGCCACAUAUACAAAACCCACACAACAAUUUGUAAAACCAAAACGCUACACAAAUAACGUCUAGUAUAAAAUAAUAAAAUACCUUUACAUAAAAAA